AUGCACAAAGAACAUGUUUCUGCUCUCUCUUCGAACACUACCCCAGAUCCGAACAAGAAUUUCCCUUCUUCAUCAUCAUCAGAAGUAAAUAAGAACAGCCAACAUUCAGAGAGAGUUCGUUUUGAGGAGAGGAAUGAUCAUCAUCAUUCGGAACACAAUGAAAUUUCACCUAUUAAUGUGGUUAUUUCAAGUGCUUUGGCUGGAUGCUUGGCAAGAAUAACGUUACAUCCGUUGGAUACUAUUAAAUCGAGAAUGCAAGUGCAAAUUACAAAUCCUGAGCUUAUUUCCAAAUUACCUUCUGUAUUAUUUGAAGGAGGAAUUUCCGCUGUGAAAAGUGCAGAGGCUGCCAAUGUUCAUACCUACAGAAAUACAUUGCAUGCCAUUCAAUCCAUAGCUAAAUAUGAGGGAAUUCGAGGAUUUUAUAAAGGUCUGGGAGCUUCAUUAAUAUUUACUGGACCUGCCAUUACUUUAUAUCUCACUUCUUAUGAAUUUUGUAAGAAUCGUUUAAUCAAUUUUGGACAUUCCUUCAAGAAUGAUUCAUUUUUGUCAAGGACAUUAGGAGGAGAAACUGUACUUGUACAUUUAGUGAGCGGAUUAUUUGCAGAAAGUGUGAGCUGUAUAUUUUGGGUUCCUCAUGAUGUCUUGAAAGAGAGAUUACAAGUUCAGAGAGGAAAUCAACUCACUCUCUCUCAAUUAAUGAAGAUUGUGAAAAACGAUGGAUUUUUUCAGCUUUAUAAGGGCUAUUGGAUUACUCUUGGAUCGUUUGGGCCAUUUAGUGCUAUAUAUUUUCUGACCUAUGAGAAAGCAAAGGACUUUUUUCAACAGCGUCAAACAACAGGAACUCCUCUUCCAUUUUCGUUAAUUUUGUUGAGUGGUGCAAUAGGGGCUGGAUUGGGAUCGUUUUGUACAUUACCGUUAGAUGUUAUUAAAACUCGAUUUCAAGUACAGAGAAGAACCAAACGUGUUUAUUCGGAGAACGAUAUCAUGUUUUACAAAAAUUUUGUGGAUGCAGCUCGAAAGAUUGCAUUGUACGAAGGACCAAAGGCAUUUUGGAAAGGUUUUACCAGUCGAAUUAUUUAUGCUGCACCUAACUCUGCCUUAAUUAUGGCCUUAUUUGAAUUUUUUAAGAAAGAAUUUGAUUUUAUUAAAUAG